AUGACGGAAAAAAAUGAAAUUGUUGUGUGGCGUAGAAUGUAUUUAGAGAACAUUCAAAAAUAUCGGGAAGAAGGUCGACAUAUUUAUUUCCUCGACGAAACGUGGGUGAAUGCUGGAGAUUGUACAUCGAAAACGUGGGUUGACACAACAGUACGAUCUCACCGGGACGCAUUCCUAAAAGGACUAUCCACAGGUGCUGUCAACCCCUCGGGCAAGGGAAAACGGCUCAUUGUACUCCAUAUAGGUUCAGAAGAUGGCUUUCUACCUGGUGGUUUAUUGUGUUUUGAGUCAAAAAAAAACACAAGUGAUUACCAUGACGAAAUGAAUGGGAACACAUUUCGUGAGUGGAUGGAGGGCAUUCUACCUCUACUACAACCGAACUCCGUAAUUGUUAUGGACAAUGCGUCCUACCAUUCCGUUAAACUUGACCGAGCCCCAUCAUCCAAUGCCAAAAAGGCGGAUAUUAUCAAGUGGUUGGAAGAUAAAGGAGAAGUAAUAAAGCAUUCGAUGGUCAUCCCUGAACUCCUACAUAUUGUCAAACGUUUGAAGCCAAUACACAAUAAGUAUGUUAUUGACGAACUUGUAAAAGCAAAAAAUCAUACAGUUUUACGACUCCCGCCAUACCACUGUGAGUUGAACCCCAUCGAACUGGCUUGA